AUGUCAGAAUCUAGUGAAGAUAGAAAGGCAAGAUUAGCAGCAUUAAGGAGAAGUAGGAACAAUCAGAAAGAUGGCGAGCAAUCAACACAACAAACGGCAUCAUUUAACGAUAAACGAACCUUACAAGUACAAAUAGGUACAACGGAUAGUGAUAACAAACCCAAGGAAGAAGAUACAGAAAUACCCCAUAAACCUCCUGUGUUUCAACUUGCCAAUGGAGAGACAGUAGAAGCCGUAUCGCAAAGAAUACAAGAUGAAAUACUCAGAAAAGCACAUGAUGAUUUAAUAGAAACCUCCGAAUAUCCUAUUCCAGAAAAGAUAUCCUACACGAAAGACCUUAAAGAUGAUUUGAAACCAUAUUAUCACAAAGCAAGUAUAAGAACUGAAAGAGCUAUUAACAGUAUACUUCUGGAUAGAUAUAAAAAUAGUAGUACUAGUUGA